AACAGUUACCUACCCUUAACGGUUUCUUCCUAUUUACGCAGGGUCUCUCUCUCCCUCUCUUCGCUAUUUGUCUGCUCUGCUUUUAAUACCAGUUCCAAAUAGAAAAUUUAGCCGCUAUAACAACUUGCUUAACAAAUAGCUACAAGAAUAAAGCUUGAUCAGCCCCAUCAUGUCUGAUGAUGAAGAAGCGCCUCCUGAUCUUGUCCCCGCAGAUAUUGUUAAGGUCCCUAUAACAAUCAUCACAGGAUUUUUAGGUGCCGGUAAAACAACAUUAUUGAAUUAUAUCUUGUCGGAAAACCAUGGGAAACGAAUUGCUGUAAUUUUGAAUGAAUUUGGAGAAGGAAGUUCCAUUGAGAAGUCUUUGUCAGUUGGUCAGAAGGGGGAAUUAUUUGAAGAAUGGCUGGAAUUACGAAAUGGAUGUUUGUGUUGCUCUGUCAAGGACAGUGGAGUGAAGGCCAUAGAAAAUCUCAUGCUAAAGAAAGGAAAAUUUGACUAUAUCUUAUUAGAGACGACAGGUUUAGCUGAUCCAGGACCAAUUGCAUCAAUGUUUUGGGUGGAUGAAGAAUUAUGCAGUGAUAUAUACUUGGAUGGUAUAAUCACUAUGAUUGAUGCCAAACAUUGCUUACAGCAUCUAAACGAAGUGAAGAAAGAUAACCUGGUUAACGAAUGUGCAAGACAGAUUGCAUUGGCAGAUCUUGUGGUUGUCAAUAAAGUGGAUCUGGUCUCAGAAACAGAACUCGCACAGGUGAAGGAGAGAAUAUCGACUAUAAACUCUUUGGCAGAACUGAUUGAAACCACUUAUGGCAGGGUUCACUUGGAUGUUGUGUUUGAUCUCAAUGCGUACAAUGCCUCAGGAACCGUUUCCAGCUCUGAAGAUAAUUUUAAGAAACAAAAACUCUUUGUGUCCCACAAUCCACAUCUUGAUCAGUCAAUAACAACUGUGACCUUUGACAUCAUGGAGUCUGUGACCAAAUCGGAUGUGGAGCAAUUCCUUCAGAACCUUCUUUGGGAGAAAACCAUUUGUGAUGCUGCCAGGAAUCCGAUGGAGGUCUUCAGGAUGAAAGCUCUUCUGUUUCUGGCUGACAACCCAAGGAGGGUUAUUCUCCAAUCUGUUCAUGAAUUAUUUGACUUUCAACAAACUACUGAAUGGACUGACACCGACAACAGGUGCUGCAGGUUCGUCUUUAUUGGUCGACAUUUGGACAAAGAUAUUCUCCAGAAGAAUCUUCUGACAUUUGUAGCCAAAGACAAACAUUAAAACUGAAUUUCUUGUGAAUUUUACACACACAUACACACACACGCACGCACGCACGCACGCACGCACGCACGCACGCACGCACGCACGCACG